AUGCAGGUGCUGACGUUGGGCCUCGUGGGGGCUAUCAUAUGCCUGUGGUUCACGUUUGAUGCCGGCACAUCCAUCUUCAUCAUGCUCGUCAUGUUCCUUCUCGUGUCGUACGUCGCAAACCGCGUCCUGUUAGAGUCGUCACCGGCGCACUUUCACGAUAUCGAUGUCGAUCAUGACGAGGACGUCAUAUUCGACGACGAGUACGAAGAAGGCGUGGUGAAGUCUGCACCGAAGAGGUCGCAUCCUGGUGAGAAGCAGUCGUGGAAUGUUCCAGCCCUCCACAUUCGUGAACUGGUCAUGCCAUCGACUACUUCCCAACUGCGGAAAGAUACGCUACAGGUAGGCCAGGAGCUGUGGCCCAACUCGGACACGCCCGUGGAGAUCGAGAACGAGUACUUCAGCGGCCGCAUCCUGUUUCUGCUCAAGACGGAGCCACGCAGUCCAACGUGGGGCCAACUGUUUGUCGGCCGUCGGCGACUCUUUUGGAUCCAAUUGCAAGGCAAGUUCAAGAAACAACCGCAAGGCAUCGUGUAUGUGGGUGGCGAGAUCCCAAACAAGAUGAAGUUGGGUUUUUUCGCCAAGGGGCUGUGCCGCGUGUUGCUGUCUGUGAUCAACUGCCUGGUUGUGGGCUUGCACAAUAGCUUUGGGCGGUUGUAUCCUGGUGACGUGGCGGCAGUCGACGACGAAGAGCUGCCGCACUUGGCAUUUCCGCUGCAUUCUUCCGUGGACGAGUUCAUUUGCACGCCGGCAGGAGAGGACCCGCCGGCGUUGGGGGCGGACGGCUUUAUGGAAACCCGGGAAGAGCGGGCCCACCGCCGGUCCGGCAAGCACCCGUACGAGUUCAACACGCACGACACGUACUCGUUUUCAUUUUUCAACUUUUACCUCGACUUUGAAAACUGGAAGGUUGUGAACGCCCCGGGCGUGCCGGACAUCCAUUUGGCCCAGUUUUGGGGCAACAUGCCCCUGCGCAUCGUGUCGUACAGUUUGGCCCAACCGUCCCCUCGACACACUCGCGCCCUCAAGCUGUACCACUUUUGCUUUGAGCUGACCCCGCCCACGAGUCAGUUGGACUCGUCGUUCAUGCGGACGGCGGCGGACGUGGCAGCCAUUGAUGUGGAUGCGGAAGAGCUCGAGUUUCUCCGCGACGAGCAAAACGCGCACACGCAGCUCGCCAACGAACUGAGCUGCUUUGUGUUUACUGUGCCCGCAUGGCUCGAGUACUUUAGCACCCACGACAGCGCCAAAGGCCCCGGCCAGCGCCGGGUGGCCUAUGUGUUUGACAUUUUGGAGUACGCCGACUCGAGCCGGACGCGGCUCAAGCGGCACCACGUAGCCAUCCACGGCGCGUCGCAGUCGCACAUGCCGCUCACGCUCGCCAACGAACACCCGACGGGGGACGCAUUCGGCAAGCAGUUUGAGUUCACGGUCGAGUCCAAGUUGGAGAGCGGGGCGGCGAUUGAAAAAGAGCGCGUGGACAUGGAGUCGCGGCUGGUGGAGAUUUCGCGCGACCGUAUCAUGGCGACGGACACGGAUGGCCAGAAUCAUUGGCAGCGGCGGUCCAUUGCGCACUUGAUUGCGGCCAAGAACCAGCUCAAGCGGCUGCUCACGUCACCCAGCACGGUGCUGCCGUACGCGCCUUUCUUUGCGGCGCGGGGCCUCGUAGCCAACGCCACCCAGUGCCAUGUGGUGCGCAUGGUGCGCGAUUCGCACUGGCGCAAUGAGUGGAUGAUCCUAGACACGGGCAAGUCCAAAGCGCUGCGUUUCUUCCGGAUGUCGUCGUCCACGGCGUGCGUGACGAUCCACGUCGCAGAUAUCUUGGCGCUGUCGUCCGCCGCCGCACUCAACCUCCCCGCCACGGGCAACUGCAACGGCAUGCACUGGUUUCAAAUCGAAACCCUUGCCCGGGUGCACGUGGUGGCGGUGGCCAGCUACCAAGAAUUUGAGUUUUGGACGUCGGCGCUCGCUGGCGAAGUGGACAAAAUCGUCGCGGAUGGCAAGGACGUGCUGGCUCGGUCCGUGCUCGGCCAGCCAUUCCGCUCGAUUGCAACCACUUUGGGCAAAGUGCGGCACCCCAAGGACGUAUUCGCCCCCACUCACGACGGCCGAAUUAUGCUCAACGACCGCCGCAUCGCCGCGCGAUUUGGACAGCAUCCGUCGUCGACGUCGACAGACUUGAAACGGUUUGCGGACGUAUGUGGCAUCGCCGAGAAAGCGCUGCGCAUGGUUCUUGUACUGACCAAGCACCCCACGGUGUGCCUCACAAGCGAAGUGCUGACGUUUCUCGAUAUGGUGUCGUCGUUGAAACGCACAUUGCCUUUGCUGGCGUCGAUGCAAAGCGCGCCCCCCGCGGCCCACCGCACGGCGUUCUUCUUGAACGUGUACCAUAUCCUAGUGCUGCACGGGUCGUUCCUGGAGCUGCUACCGACUGUCAAGCCCAAGUUGCACUGGAGUUCGUUCUACCACGGCGUGUCAUACGACAUUGCCGGGAUGUCACUCACGCCCGCCGAGAUUGACCACGCCAUCGUCCGCGCGUCGCUGUGCCCGCUCAAGCCGCCGUUUCCCGCGUUCGUCGUGCCUCGGUUCGCAGACGACGACCCGCGAAGUGCGCUGAAGCUGCCGACGGCAGACUACCGCCUCGACUUUGCCCUGAAUUGCCUCACCAAGUCAUGCGUCCAAGUGAUUGCCGUGUUUAGAGGGGACGACCUGGACCGGCAACUCGACUACAUUUGCCGCGUCGUCCUCAGCACCCUCAUGUCGACCGACUCGAAGCGCCAUGUGAUCUACUUGCCUCGGAUAUGCGAAUGGUACCAUGCGGACUUUCCAGGCGACGACCAAGUGCUGUCGAAAGUGACAACGUUAGCGAGUCAUUUGGACGGCGACAUCAAGCGGGCAGUGGACGCCCUGCUCAGCCACCCCACGAAGCUCUCGAUCAAGUAUUUAAAGUACGACUAUGGCUACCACAACACCAUCUACCUCACCGGCGACGAGUAGUUCGUACCAGUAGUAGUAGUACUAGUAGUAGU